AUGGCAUUGCCUCCACGACGUAUACUGACCUUGGAUGGCGGCGGGGUGCGAGGCUUGUCGUGCUUGAUGAUGAUUCGUGAGAUCAUGAACCAAAUAGCAGAGGAUGAGGGAAUAGAGAAACCAGAAGAGAUGAGGCCUGCAGACUAUUUUGAUCUUAUCGGCGGAACAAGUACUGGUGGUCUUAUAGCCAUACUUCUUGGACGCCUCCGACUCACGACCAAAGAGGCUAUCUUACUCUAUCGACAACUCGCCAAAGAGAUAUUUCAAGAACAACGAGGCUGGUCAGUUGGCGGGCUUCGGCUGUCCAAAGGUGGUCAAGAGCGUUAUGAUGCAAAGAUCCUCGAGUCAGCCAUUAAAAAGGUGGUUAAGGAUUUUCUAAAAGAUCCAGAGGCCACGAUGUACCAGGAACCCAAGGAUGGAGAGCGUCAUUGCAGAACCUUUGUUCUCGCUGUGUACAGCGACUCAGUGAACAAUCCUGAGCCGCAUCUAUUCACUACGUACAAUCGACAUGAUGGGACAAAGAUUUGGGAGGCGGCUCGAGCCACAAGUGCAGCAACUGGGUUUUUCGGGCCAAUGAUGAUUGGGGACCCGCCAGUUCGUUAUGUGGACGCUGGUCUGGGCUACAACAACCCUGGCGAGCAAGCAUACGAUGAAGCAAAACGGUUGUGGUGUGAAGUUCCUAUUGGAGUAUUUCUUUCUUUGGGCACAGGAAAGGAGACGGAAGCUUCUUUGCCAGAUUCCGGUAGACUUUUCGGUCUAUCAGCUCAGGCUGCGCAAAUCAAAGUUCUCAUUGACCUAACGACAACUGCUGCUGGAGUACAUAAUAAGCUAUUUAAGAGGUUUAAGCGAGAGAAGGAUACCCAAUACUUUCGUUUCAAUGUCGAUCAGGGUCUCCACAAAAUUGGACUCGAUGAGUGGAACCAAGAGAGUAAGCUGGCAGGCUUCACGAGCGCAUAUUUCGACAACGCCGAGACUCUUGAUCUGAAGGAACGCUGUGCAACACGGUUGCGACAACUCACUGGCGCCGCGAAACCCUUCACUAUUCCCGCGGACGUCUUUACAGCGGGACACGAAAACGAUAUCGAUAAUCCUGGUGAAGGAUCCCCAAGGAUGAAAUUCUGGUACCGAGAAAAAGUAGGCGAAUCUGGUUACCCAGAUGAUGUUGUUGUUGACACUAAAUUUCAAAAAUCAGAUAUCCGACCCCCAGGAAACACCAUUCUCUCUUGCCGGCGGAUCGUUCACAUCCAACUCCGGGGCCAGGCGUUCAACAUCCCGCACGGCAGAUACCGCGUAAAUUGGAUAAUUUUACCCCCGCCGAACCAUGACUGUCUCUUUUACUUCCCCUUUGGACUUAAACUUUCUGUAGGACGUGCGCAGAACCAAGGGCAUCGAUUCAUGCAUGAUGUGGUAGACGCUGAUAAAAAUCCACUCUUGGCCCCGAGGCUUCUGGAGCCAGGCUUCCAGGAAUGGAAUCUUAGCCCUGGUCUCUGGAACACCUACAAAAAUACCGGAUGGUGCGAGAUUGGAGGCCUCUAUGUGGACGUGGACGUUGAUGGACAUAUGGCUUUUGUUAUCUCAAAGGAGUUCGAGCGUCAGUGGUAUGGAGGGUUUUCUUUCGGCGGUGUUCGUCUUGAACCAAUACAAUGGUGA